AUGGCGACGCCACACGUUUCCUGGCGCCUGCCGACAAAUAUGUUGCGGCGCAGGUCUUCCUCCACCACCCUGGCGCUUUUGGGCUUGGCUUUGACCCGCUUUGCGAGCGUGGCCUUUCUACCCACCCCGCUCACGGGCUCACGCAGCCUGACGAGCGUGACGGGUGUGCACAAUGUGCAGUCAUCCAAGGUGAGAUUGAUGAGUAGCGUCCAGACCCUUGCCGAAACCUCCUUCACGACCCUGGAUAAGGCGAGUUUGCAGGCGCAAAUCGCUGAGCUUUUUCGGGUGGCCUUGCAGGGCCUGAUGGAGGAGGAGAUCGAGCCGGUGGUGACCACCGCGGAUCCGCGCUUCGGGGAUUAUCAGUGCAACAACGCCAUGAGCCUGUUCAAGAAGAGCAAGCAGCAGGGUGGGAAGGAUGGCUGGAAAAGCCCACGCGAUGUGGGUCAAGCCAUCAAAGAUGCUUUGCCAGCAGAGUCUGCGGAUCUUUUCGCAGAGGAACACGCCAGCUGGUACAACGCCUUGGCGGUGCGCUUGGCCACCGUGGGCUGUCGUUGCCUGGCGAUGGAUGCCCAGGGCUUCGGGCAGUCAGAUGGAGCGCGGGGAUACUUCGAGAGCUUCCAGGAGGUCAAAGAGGACUUUGUGACCUUUGUAAGGACCAAGUGGGCAGAGGCGCUGAAGGAAGCUGGCAACGACCGGACGUCGCCUCCACCCGCCCCUGGGCUGGUUUUGGUGGCGAAGGGCUUUGGUGCGUUGCUGCUGUUGCAGGCCCUCCCCGAGAUCCAAGCCCUCGUGCGAGAAACAAAGACGGUGCCGGUGGUGGUGUUGCUUUCUCCAGGCUUCCAAUUCAACAGCUUUCUAGCCGAGAGCAGUGGGCGCUGCGGCCUGGACGCCUCAUGCGCUAGUCAACCUUUGUCUCCAUGUGCAGUGGUCCCUGGACACGGCGGUGAUGGCCAACUGGAGCACUUCUCGCGGUGGUUUCCCAAGAUGAUCGCCACUGAUCCAGUCGAUCCGGACCUGAUUUGUCGUGAUCCUCAAGCGAUUGAGCGCAUGGCACGGGAUGCGCUGAUCUGGCGACAGGGGUAUCGGGCGCGGGUUCUGGCAGAGAUUCUGCAAGAGCAAUCCAGGCUGCCCAGCACUAUGGAGCAGUUUCCCGAGGCCUUCCAGUGUCCAUCACUGAUCUUGCAUGGCAGCAGCGACCGGCUCUAUUCGGCACAAGGAACUCAGUUCGUUCAUCGCCACUGGUGCGAGACUCAGGGUUCAUCCCCUUCGGCGACUUUUCCAGUGCUGAAAGUCUAUGAUGGUGCCUACCAUCAACUGCUCAAUGAGCCAAAUCGGGACGAGGUGGUCAACGACAUCAUCGUGAACGUGGCACCGCAGGGCUUCAUUACUGUGAAGCUUAAGACUUCAUGGAUCGAGGAGCAGAUCGGAGAUCGCUUCCACGGGUCGCUUCAGCUGCGAAGCAGCGAUCCACAGCGGAUCGUCAUUGACUACUCCUCGCCCAACAUCGCAAAGGAGAUGCAUGUGGGCCAUUUGCGCUCCACGAUUCUGGGCGACACCAUGGCCAACCUCUUCGAUUCCUUGGGCCACGAUGUGGUUCGCCUGAAUCAUGUGGGAGAUUGGGGAACUCAGUUUGGAAUGCUGCUGGAGUACAUGCGCCGCAAGGAUGCCUUAGAUGGAGAAGCUUCUUCGAUGGUGAGCGACCUUCAGCAGUUCUACCGAAGUGCCAAGCAGGCCUUUGAUGAAGACGAAGACUUUCGAAAGUCAGCGCAGAGCAACGUGGUGGAGUUGCAAGGCGGCUCCACUUGGGCGCGCGAGGCCUGGAGCCGCAUUUGCCAAGCCAGCCGCAAGGAGUUCGAUUUGGUUUACCAGCGCUUGAAGAUUGAGGGUUUGAAGGAGCGAGGCGAGUCGUUCUACAACGAGAUGCUCCCUGAAGUGGUGGAAGACUUGAAAAGGAAAGACCUGGUCACUGAGAGUGACGGAGCCCUGUGUGUCUUCACGGAUAUCUCCGAAACACCUCUCAUCAUUCAGAAAGCCGAUGGAGGCUUUGGCUAUGACUCCACGGACUGUGCGGCCGUGAGGCAACGAGUGCAGGAUGAGAAGGCGCAACGGGUGAUUUACGUCAUUGACAACGGUCAGGAGCUACACAUGCGAAUGGUGUUCAAGGCUGCUGAGGGAGCUGGAUGGCUCGAGGGUCAAAAACGCCUCGACUUCAUGGGCUUUGGAUUGGUGCAGGGGCAAGAUGGGAAGAAGUUCAAGACUCGUUCGGGCGAUGUGGUCCGCCUGCGGGACCUCUUGGACGAGGCCGCCAUGCGCUCGGAGAAGGAGCUGCGGAAGCGGGCCGAGGCCGCGCAGCGGGAGCUGGACGAAGAGCAGGAGGAGCACUUGAAGCGAGAUGCGGAGAGCAUUGGCGUCGCGGCCGUGAAGUAUUUCGACCUCCGCCAGAAUCGGAAUUCCGACUAUAGGUUUUCCUACGACCAGAUGCUGGAUCCCAAGGGCAACACGGCGGUUUACGUCCUUUACGCCUAUGCGCGCAUUGCUGGGGUGCUGAGACGUGCCGAGUACGACGUCUCCACAUUGAGUCCCUCCGACUUGUCUUUGACCGAGCCCAGUGAGCGAGCGCUGGCUUUGAGGUUGCUGCGCUUGCCAGAGGUCCUGGCACAGCUGGAGGAGGACUUAUUGCCAAGCCGAUUGAUUGAUCACAUCUACGGCUUGGCCACGGACUUCACGUCCUUCUACACCGAAUGCUUCGUCAUCGGCUCGGAGCAAGAGAAGAGUCGACUGCUCCUUUUGGAGGUGGUCCGAAGGCAGCUGGCCCAAUGCUUGGGCUUCUUGCGCAUCCAGCCCUUUGAGAAGCUUUGA